ACGUUCCGGUACUGCCGUUAGUCCGCGGAGCGCUGAGAUCCUGGCCAGGCGGGCUCGCGCGCGGGCCGUGCAGACGGGGCGCGCGCCGGACGCGGGUGGCUCCAGGGGUCCAGCAGGGCGGCGUCGGGAGCGGUCGGGGCGGCUGACAAGCAGGCGCCGCGAUGGCCGAGGGGAGCGCCGUGUCCGAUCCUCAGCACGCCGCGCGCCUGCUGCGGGCGCUCAGCUCCUUCCGCGAGGAGUCCCGCUUCUGCGACGCGCACCUGGUCCUCGAUGGGGAGGAGAUCCCGGUGCAGAAGAACAUCCUGGCGGCGGCCAGCCCGUACAUCAGGACAAAGUUAAACUAUAAUCCUCCAAAAGAUGAUGGAUCCACCUAUAAGAUUGAACUUGAAGGGAUAUCGGUGAUGGUCAUGAGAGAGAUCCUGGACUACAUCUUCAGCGGGCAGAUCCGGCUAAACGAAGAUACAAUCCAAGAUGUCGUACAGGCAGCAGACCUGCUCCUGCUGACAGAUCUUAAAACUCUGUGCUGUGAGUUUUUAGAGGGCUGUAUUGCCGCGGAGAACUGCAUCGGUAUCCGAGACUUCGCACUCCAUUACUGCCUGCACCACGUCCAUUACCUUGCCACGGAGUACCUGGAGACUCACUUCCGAGAUGUCAGCAGCACAGAAGAAUUCCUAGAACUGAGUCCUCAGAAGCUUAAAGAAGUGGUAUCUCUUGAGAAGUUAAACGUUGGCAAUGAAAGAUAUGUAUUUGAAGCAGUAAUUCGAUGGAUAGCACAUGAUACAGAAAUGAGAAAGGUCCACAUGAAGGAUGUUAUGUCAGCACUGUGGGUCUCAGGGUUAGACUCCAGCUACUUGCGGGAACAGAUGCUGAACGAACCGUUAGUACGAGAAAUCGUGAAGGAAUGCAGCAACAUUCCACUCAGCCAGCCGCAGCAGGGAGAGGCGAUGCUGGCCAGCUUCAAGCCCCGGGGCUACUCUGAGUGCAUCGUGACUGUAGGCGGAGAAGAAAGAGUUUCACGGAAACCAACAGCAGCGAUGCGAUGUAUGUGCCCCCUGUAUGACCCUAACCGGCAGCUUUGGAUUGAACUGGCCCCUUUAAGCAUGCCAAGAAUUAACCAUGGAGUUCUCUCAGCAGAAGGAUUUUUGUUUGUGUUUGGGGGCCAAGAUGAAAAUAAGCAGACCCUGAGCUCAGGAGAAAAGUAUGAUCCAGAUACAAAUACAUGGACUGCGUUGCCACCGAUGAAUGAGGCACGACAUAACUUCGGGAUUGUGGAAAUAGAUGGAAUGCUGUACAUUUUGGGGGGAGAGGAUGGCGAAAAAGAGCUAAUUUCCAUGGAGUGUUAUGAUAUUUAUUCCAAAACCUGGACAAAGCAACCUGAUUUGACCAUGGUUAGAAAGAUUGGCUGCUAUGCAUCUAUGAGAAAGAAAAUCUAUGCCAUGGGUGGAGGAUCGUAUGGAAAACUGUUUGAGUCUGUGGAGUGUUACGACCCAAGGACCCAGCAGUGGACUGCUAUAUGUCCACUGAAAGAGAGAAGAUUCGGAGCGGUAGCCUGUGGUGUUGCCAUGGAGCUGUAUGUAUUUGGGGGCGUCAGGAGUCGUGAGGACAUCCAGGGGGGAGAGAUGGUCACUUGCAAGUCUGAAUUCUACCAUGAUGAGUUUAAAAGGUGGAUCUAUCUUAAUGACCAGAACUUAUGCAUCCCCGCCAGUUCCUCCUUCGUUUAUGGAGCUGUACCCAUAGGAGCCAGUAUUUAUGUUAUCGGAGAUCUUGACACAGGUACCAGUUAUGACUACGUGCGGGAGUUUAAAAGAAGCACAGGAACCUGGCACCACACGAAACCUCUCCUGCCAUCUGACCUUCGCCGCACUGGAUAUCAAAAUCCCAACAGUUAUUUUUAAGUCGCUGUGGUUUCAAGAAGAGAAGGCCCUAGUAGGAAGAGGAUGACGGCCACAGAGUCUGGGGACACCACAUAAGAUGAUGUGGGCAAGGCCGGCCAUUUAAUGAUCCAUGUAAAGAAAUGGCCACUUCAAAUAGUUCAGAUACCAAGGAGAUGUAAGUUCAUCUUUCUUUCUGGUUAGUGAGUUAUAUUUAUUAGAACUUCAUUUUUAUCAUUUCAGUACAAACUGUAGGUUUUUAAGUGCCUUAUUUUUUAUUGUUCUUACUCAUCAGUUACAAACAAGGUGUAUAUACCUUAGAACCUUGGGUUAAAUUUUUUCAUGUUAAGCCAGUGAACUUGGUUUAAAUAUGACUAUGUAGCUGCUUUUUCAUGUUUCCUGUUUAACUGGAUGAGAAUUACCUGCACUUAUUCCCUUGUUCUUUGUGUUUAUAGGAAAAACUCUGUUCUCAGCUACCUCAUUUGUAGUGUUGUGCUUGAUCCCUUGCCAGUUUAGAAGAAUUCAACACAUUCUGUCCUUUAACAAAAGCCUAGAAGCAAUCAGUAGGCGGCCUUGAGGAAUACAAUUCUCUAAAGCGUAUUUUCCAUUUUACUACUUUUUUUUUUAAUAGGCACUUUUAAUCAGGAGGAACAAUGAUUCUCCUAGAGCUGCUGCAAAGUGAUUACUUGAAACUCAACUUGAACUUUAAAGAGUCUUUAAAAGACUGUUUUUAUAAUGUAGAAAAGUAGUAUAUUUAAAACACCAUUGCUGUGUAAAAUAGAGGGCUUAAUUUCCAUCCUUGUUAGGAUCAGACAGGAGAAUUUGUAAUUUGGCCCAGGGUUUAGAUAGAUGCUUGGGCUAGUAUUUUUCAUUUUCUAAAUAAGGUGCUAUAGUGAGCAGUUGAAGGAUCUAUUAGGGCAUUUUCAUGAAUGUCUUUUCCCAAGAAUCGUUCAUUUUGAUGAAAAUACAGGCUCAUUACUAGAUUCCUCUUCCUUUUUAGCUCUGAUUACCUGGGUUUUAAAGUGCAACUCUGAAAGCGUUUCCUAAGGGCAGGGUUGAAGUUGAGCAAACAACACAGAAUUGCAUUUUGCUUAAAGUCAUGAUUGGUCUGAUUUGUUCCCUGUGUCAGAGUGUCAUCCCCAACUUCCUCCUGCAGUGCCUUCUCUCCGCGGCACAUGCUGGGCUCUGCCCUCCCCGGCAUCGGUCAGCUUACCUGCUUGGUAAAGUAGGGGGGCUGUGAGGCCCACCAGUCCUGGUAGACAGACCUUCCUCCCCAGAAGAGAUUUCUUAUGGGAAUUAGCCACAUUCCCAGUGCCCAGAGAGUUCUGCCCUUUCCUUAAGUCCUAGCAUCCUAGGAUUAACUGACACACCAGGUAAAAUCUAAACCUUACUGAUGCGUGUGCAUUAGUAGGAUUUAAUUUUACACUUGUGCUUUCUAGAGUAGUGGGCCUGUUCCUGCCAGUAGCAUGGCAAAACUUCUCCCCAGAUAACCGUAUGUCAGCAGGCAGCAGACAUUUCCUUACAUGGUUUCCAAGAGAACCAAGACUUACCCCGCUAAUGCCCUUCUUACUUUAAUGAUUUUGAGGAAAACAUCUGUAUACAUUUUAGGGACUUUCCUGAGCAAAGCUGGUGGCCUUGAGCUGCGUCAGCCUCAGCCCAGGUGCGGGUGGUUUGAUGACUCCCCACCAGCUGCGUGUGAAAUCAGGUUGCCCUUAGCCCUGGCGCCCACGUCAUAUCUGCCAGAGCAGGAUGACAGGGCAUUUACCUCGUUGGCUGCUGCGUUCAGUGAGGCAGCGGAGGUGGGCGCCAUGCGCACCUGGAGGUGGUGGUGGCUGGUCGGUUGCCCCAGGGGCAGGGCUGCCCUGGCUGCAGAACCCUGCUGUAGAGCUUGCCUCGUGCCAGUGCCCAUGCCACGUGGCAUACAAGCAAAGGUAUAUUCAUGUUGAUAAAAUGACUGACCUUCUGGCCCUGUAUCACCACCCUUCUUCUACUUCUCCAAAAUUGAAACCUAAAAUUGAACUCCAAAAAGAAGAUUCUAGAUAGCUGAAACCUCCCAAAAUAGGUGUUUUGAGUUGCUGUGAAUAACCCUCAUUUUGAAAUUUGCCUAAUGAAGUCCUCUAAUAAUAUUUAAAACUCUUUAACAAAGUUGAGUUUUUCUUUUUUCCCUAAAAUACCGAAAGUCAUAGGCUAUCCUAGACAAGUAAACUGGAUAUUUUCUAGAUCUCUGGUAGAGAUCAGUAGGUCUAAAUUAUGCCUUCUUAACUUGGAUGCUAUGUGAAACUUAAAAACAAGCAAACAAAUUUGUGUUACAAGUAGUGUGUAUGUGUGUGUGUGUGUGUGUGUGUGAACUUUAGUACCUUCAAAUAAAGAAAUUAUACAGUAAGUGAGCUACUUAUCCAUGUAACAUCCCUUUUCCAGUUCAGGUUAUAGGACUGGGAGAUUUAGUGACAUGGGACAUGCCCAGCUUAUCUUGAUUUCAAUAAGACAUUUAAUAAAGUCAUUAUUGAUAUCUCUGUGAAUGUGGAAAGGAAGUAGAAAUAAGGUUGAAAGGGCUGAGAAAUAGGUUGAGUGGCCGUCCCUGGACAGGGCUGUAAAAAUGGAUCCUUGUCAGCUGGGACCAAGGUACUUAACAGAGUCCAUUUUUAUCAUUUUUAUUAGUAACUUGUGUAAAAAUCUUGAAGCAGAGAAAAGUGCUGGGAGGAAUUCAGUGCUAGGUGGUGGGAUCUGCGGUCCUCUCCACAGCCAAAUAAAAUAAUGGCUAAAUAUUGAAGUCUAGGCCUAGGUUCAAAAGAUAAUUCCUAAAUGAAAGAGAAAGAAGAAAAAGCGGGGUAGGGGUGGGGGCUUUUUGAACAGAAGCCAACUGUUGAGAAGAAAAUAACUUUUUCUCUCCGUCUGCCGCUGGGACUAGAAAAGGAAGUCAGUUCUGCUGUUUGCAUCCAUGCGCUGCACUGGAUGGGCUGCUGGGCUGCUUAGUGCAUUCAGUGGCCCGGGUGGGUGCCAGGCACCCCAGUUUAAGACCCCUGAGCAAGCCUGGAGGCCACCCUGAGGAUGACAGCCAGGGUGGUGGGUGCACCGCAAGCUGUAACAACAACCUUUGGCAGCCAGAGGCCCUGGCCUGCAGGGCGUCUUCAGAACAGCCAUGCGCAGGGUCCAGAGUGUCCAGCUUGGGCCAGCAGGCAGAAACCAGGCCCCGAGCUCUGGUCAGUUUCUGAACUUUGGAAUAGAACUGCCUCCUGAGGGGGGCCUUCUGUGGCGCUGAGCGCUCAUCCCUGGACAUCCUCCCAAGGGCGACUCCCUGCAGGUCUGGCAGCGUCAGGCGAGGGUUCCUGCGUGGUGGCGGCUGUCUGUCACGAUCUCCAGAGCUCCUUCCCAGCAUGAGAUUCUCUGAACAGUUCAGUGAAAAAGGAAAAAACGUGUGUGCACUUUAACUUUUACACUGUUGGUGAGGAGAAGAGGCCGUGUUCUUCGAACCUGUACUCUCCCCUCAUUCUUUGCUCCCGUCUCUUGCCCUCUGCCCACCACCAGUUCAUGGCCUCUUGACUGUGGCCAAUGGCCUGCAGCUGCAGCUGCCUUCAGCAGAACUUACAGAAGUAGAGCUAUUCUAGAGAUGUUCCUAAAAACCAUACUGUCACUAGAACAGGGGUUCUUGCUUUUUAUAUGCUUUUUGUUUUAAAUCUCUUAGAAUCUCUCCAGAUUCAAGAAAGCUGAUAAGUAAGAACUGUAUUCUUUCCAGCAGGGCCUAGGAUGCCGUGGGAGCAGGUCUUGCACAGGGAAAGAGAGGUGGGCCCCCUCUUCAAGCCCCUUCCAGCUCUAGGAAUCGGUCUCCGCACUCAUGGAUCGCUUUGUCAUCCUUUGAGAAGGAUUUCUCGAGGUUUCGUCUUCCCCUCUUCUGAGGAAGCACCCUGCACUCCCAGUCCAGGGGGAGAGCGAGGGCACCACCCACUCGGGGUCUCUUUCCGGCCCUCCCGCCUUGAGCAGGAUCUGCCCCCAAAGAGAGGCAGCAGGCCUAGGCUAGGACGGCACCUGGGCCUCGGGAGGGAGCUGUCGGUGGCGGCCUGACCUGGGUGUGUUUAACGCCCGUCUCCCAAGGCAUCAUCGCACGUUACUUUGGUUUGGGCCAGCAUUGGUUUUCCUCCCGGAGUCCCGUUGGGGCCACCCAAAGGCACCGGCUGGGGAGCCUCAGAGAGUACAGGCCCCUCCCAGAGUCAGCAGUUCUUUUCUCCGGCCAGUUGAGGGACUCCAGGCAAGGUGGCAAGAGGUCGUUUUGGUCGUGUUGUUGAGAGUGCUCUGACACAGCUUGGCAACUACAUUCCCAGCCUGCCUUUCUCCGUUCCUCAUCCCCCACCUCCCCCUCCCCCAGCCCGUUUUUUUUAGGAAGAGUUGUAUUUGUUGUGUUUUCAGAAAUAUAUAUGGUUUGGGGAGGAGAUUUCCGCUGCUCUACUCAAGCCGCCAUCUUGGCUCCGCCUCCCAGCCUGUUUUUCUUAACUGCUUGAAUUAUGUAUCCAAAAAAGGAAAAGGAAAGAAAAAACCUGCUCUUGUUCCCUAAAUCACUAGCCUAAAAAUAUCUGUUGAAAAGGCACUCUCUGGGGGCGCUUGACCCAGCCCUUGUGACCAGUCCUUUGCACAGCCAGCUGGCCCUGGCCGCCAGGGAGGCGGACCUGUCACCCAGGCUGGGGGCCGGGCCCGAGGCAGGGCCUGUCGCCCGCAUGCGGCUUCUAGACUGCAGACUAGAACAGCCUCCCCGGGGCCAGGCUGGCCCCACCUUCCACACCUGCCCUGGCAGCCCUCCGGGCUCCUCUCUGAGCCAGGAGAAGGGGCUCCGGAUGCCACACUACUACCUCAGCACCCAGCCGGCUGUGCUCGGGGCCUGGGCAGCCCUCGGAAACUCACAAACAAGCGCUGUCCACGCGGGCUCCCAGCCCUGCAGAGGCACGCGUCCCCGCGGACUCCGGCACCAUCUGCCUGGCAUUCCUUAGAGCAGAGUAAGGCCAGUGUCUCCUUUGUUUCUUGUCUAGCUCUGACUUUAAAAACACUACACUUCCAAAUUGUGGAUAGAACCUGAAAUCAGAAUUGCUUGUUCACAGUAAGUGAGAGCAUCUCUUUAUAUUUUCUUCAAAAGGAAUUUAUGCUCCAGAAGAAACUCCAGAAAAUAAAAGUAUUAUUAUUAAUCUAGCAUAUUCUCAUUGGAUUUGACUCUCAUGCUUUGUAAAGAAUUACGUAGGAUCUGGUACACGGGACAGAAGGGUAUCAGCUGAAAAACAAACGUUCCCUUCAUGUGUUGGUCACAUCGUUUUCCUGUAUGGGACUCAGAACUCAAGUGCUGUGUGAACACAGAGAUUGCCCAGAUGCCAUGGGCUAGAUGAUUUGUGGUGGGAAAUGUAUCAAGUGGCCUUUCGUUGAGAAAAGCACAGACUGUCUAGCAACACUUGCUUAAUAAAUUCCAGUGGUUUUCUGCUGAUGGGGAUUCUUUUACUUUUGACCUGUUUUCUUACACAGCUUUUGUUCGGUUGCUCACUCCCGUACCCCUUCCAGUCACCAGUGACCUAGUGAUACUCUUACUGUUUGGGACCAUGCCCUUUGUGGGUUGUAACAGCCAUAGAAAGUACUCGUGGCUCUGAUUUCUGCACUCCCCUUGCUUCCUGGCCUGGAGGAGCCGUCGACGGCGCCUCUGCCACCUCUCCCUGCGUGCUCCCCACCCGCCAGGCACUGCGGCACAUGAACCCCUCAUUCAGGCUCUGCAGACUUCCUUUCACAUCACUGGGCUCCUGGUGACACAGAUGUUCGUGUCUGUGAGCAAGAUCACCCACUGAUCAUUAGACACAGGUGGAUUCAUUUGUUUUCCAUCACUGAUGCAGGUGUUCUGCUAUAAGAGAAAACUAUCAAGGGAAUUCCUGAAAACAGGAUUGUAAAUUUGGUUUGGCGCGCCCACAUUCAGGGCCGAUCUUCGCAGUGGGCUCUGGUCCAGCAGAAGACCAGUGACCCUCCUGUUAGCUGGUUGCCAUGUGGUACCAGGCACUAAAUAUGUGAUGGUCACUCUUGUCAAGAACUGGUUCUUAGCUGACUCCUGAUUUGUCAUUUUGAUGCUUUUAAUACCGUUAAGGAAAAUUCCAUACAUACCUAACUCCAAAAAUACCAUAUCAAAAUUCACCCUGUUAAACACAGAUCUUUAAUUAGCGUUUAUGUUCUCUGACAUGGUACAUACAAAGUAGUUUUUCAUUGAAAUUCUGCUGCUUUUAUUGUCUAGUAAGAUUUCAAGUUGAGCAGCCUACUUAGAUUUGUAUUCCGAUGUGAGGUGAUACCAUGUGUGACAAGGUAUCCUGAUCUUUCCAGAAAAACCUACUCCUGAAAAACAGAUGGCAAUGAAAUGUAUGUAAGCUAAACAAAAGACAUAUAUGGAAAGUUCAAAAUAUUUGAAGCACCGGGAAGUUGCAACUUCUAGAAUUGUAUUCCCCAAAUUCAGUAGGAUAGUAGAGAAAUAGUGCUACUGUGAUUUCAUUGAAAUGUGGUGUUUCAACCAUCUUGUGGUCCAAAUGUACCCAUUUGUCUUGUGGAGUAAUUUUGUAUUUGCUGUUAUGAAAUUUAGCAGAGUUGACACUAAUUUUGAAUUAGUGACCUUUCUUACAAAGUCGCGUUAUGGUUUACAAAUAAUACUGAUGCAAAAAGGAUAUGUUAACUUAAGUAGCACACGUUUUGUUUACAUGCUUCCGUUCAUUGUGGGGUAACUAUGGGGUUGAUCCCUUCUCAUGAGCACGGGACUUGUGCUUUGGGAACGUACUGCAGUCGUGCUGUUCUCUUGUACUAAGGAUCGGUGAAAGUGUUUUAUCUUUUUUAAGUAGUUUGUACUGACUGGAUUUUAUAACUGUAAGAAAACAGAAACAGAGUGUUGUAUUUUGAUCUGAAAUUUGUCUAUGGUAAAGUAAUUUUGUUUUAUGUAUUGGAAGUUCAUUUAAAACUUGAAAUAUUUUCUAGAAAGGUACCGAACAAAAUGAAUUGUCUUUAAGCUGUUUCAUUAACCUAAUAAAGCAAUUUGAUGGGGAAGGCA